AUGUCUUUGCGUUCAAGGCCAGUGCAAUAUCAGCACUUUAAUGUGACGUUUCCCCAUGAGCGGGUGGUGCAAGUCACAUUGAACAGACCUGAAAAACUGAACUCCAUCACAAAAUCUACCAGCCGGGAGAUUCAGGAGAUCUGGGAGCUGUUUGAUCAAGAUGAGAGCUUAUGGGUCGGCAUCAUAACGGGCUCUGGAAGAGCAUUUUGUACAGGUGCAGACCUUCACGAAUGGAACGAAAUGAACAGGUCCGGUGUGGUCAACAAAAUGACCGCUCCCGGCCUCGCAGGGCUGCCCCGAAGAAGCGGCAAGAAGCCAAUUAUCGCAGCCGUGAACGGCAUUUGUAUGGGAGGCGGUUUUGAGAUGGUAGCAAAUUGCGAUCUCGUCAUUGCCUCCUCAUCCGCAACCUUUGCUCUACCAGAAGUCAAGCGAGGUAUCGUGGCGGUCGCAGGGUGUCUACCGCGAUUGACCCGGACACUGGGGUUGCAACGUACGAUGGAUCUCGCGCUUACGGGGAGAAAUGUCAGCGCGAAGACUCUUUACGAUUGGGGCCUGAUCUCUCGACUAGUGGACGCGGGAGGGGAUGUUGCUCAGGCUGCGCUCGCACUCGCGCAAGAAAUGUGUGCCAAUAGUCCCGAUGCGUUGAUUGUCGGUCGCCAAGGAAUUCGACUGAGCUGGGAAUCGGGAAAUGUGGAGGAGGCAGUGACAACUCUGGAGAAUGAAUGGUACCCCCAACUCAUGGCAGGCCAUAACUUUGGCGAGGGGAUACAGGCAUUCGUGGAGAAGCGACCGCCAAAGUGGGUGAACUCGAAGCUAUAG